AUGGACCUCUCGGACUUUGAAGAUCUCGGCAUCAUUUCCGAUCCCGAGGAAGAUCGAGAAGAAGGAGAUGAAGAGCUUAUAAUGACGCCAGCUAUGGCUGCAAAGGCCUGCAGAGAAGGAGAUGGGCCUCAUCCGCCUUGGGAGGGCCAUCGGGACAAGCUGGUCGGCAUCUUUGAUCCCGAAACUGGGGAACAAAUUCCCAUCCCGGAUCAUGUUAUCGAUCGCAUUGUGACAGUCUUCAACGGCUUUCUCAUCGUGUGUGAUGAUAUGAAGGUCCAGAGGAAGAAUAUCCAUGUUGUCGCAACAGAGGCAACACGCAAGGCCAUCAAUUCAGCCAAAUUCCUGGAAAUUAUCAAGAAACAGACGGGCCUCUCCGUUGAGGUAUUGGCCAGCGAGGUCGAGGGCCAAGUCGGAGCAUUGGGCAUCGCGAGCGGGUUUGAUACUAUAUCUGGCCUUGUGAUGGACCUGGGAGGCGGCAGUACGCAGAUUACCUGGAUGAUCAGCCAAGGAGGGUACGUCAGAAUCAGUCCCAUGGGCAGCUUCAGCUUUCCAUACGGAGCGGCGGCUUUGUCGAGGCAACUUCGUGAGCUGCGAAAAGGGAAGAAGAAGGAUGAGGGGGAAGCGGCCGUCGCACAACUUCGUCAGGAGAUGAUUGAGAAGUUCCGGUCCGCGUACAACCACUUGCAAAUCCCGGACAGCAUGAUUGAAAAGGCCGAGCGGGAGGGAGGCUUCCGCAUCUAUCUGUCAGGUGGCGGAUUCCGCGGCUGGGGCUAUCUGCUGCUGUAUCUCAACCAGUCCCGCGGCAAGCAUUAUCCAAUCUCCAUCAUCAACGGAUAUACCGUCGGACGAGACCAAUUCGAAGAUACAGACACCGUCAAGGAGAUUGCAAAGGCAGCAAAGGACGUCUUCCGAGUCUCGGACCGCCGUCGCUCACAAGUUCCAGCAGUGGCCUUCUUGGUCAACGUCCUGGCCAAGGCCAUUCCCCACGGCAUCAGGGAGGCUCACUUUUGCCAGGGCGGCGUGCGAGAAGGAUACCUCUUCCGCACUCUGCCGCCCGAGAUCAGACAGCUAUCGCCGUUGGAAGUGGCAACGCAGAAUCUCGCGCCGACAUCCUAUCGUACCAUACAGGAGAUGAUCAAGAGGGCCAUUCCAAACCCGUCGAAGCACCAGACGAGGAGGUUUCCGGAUGAAUUCGGAGAACACGUUAUCAAUUCGUUCGCUAAUACACUGUAUGUUCACAUGUUCAUGUCCAAGGAGACGGCAUCGACAGCUGCGCUCUAUUCAACGAGCGUGGGGAUGAUGUCUUCUACGCAUGGAGUGUCCCACCAGGACCGCGCCCGGCUCGCGCUGAUGCUCGAAUCGCGAUACCGAGGCGAACUACCACCGCGAGAGAUGGAAUUUCGGGAGGCUCUGCGCUCCCUCAUAACGCCGGAGGAGGUGUGGUGGACUACGUAUCUAGGCAGAGUCGGGUACCUGAUCACACGACUGUAUCCAUCCGGAGAGAUCGACACCGCCAAGCCCAGGGUUGUGUUUUCCUCCGAAUGGUCGUGGACGUUGGGCAAGAAGAAGAAUAAGGAGGGCUUGGUUUUGACCUUGUCGGUGCAGAAGAAGAAGCACGAUCCCGCAAAGUUGAAGCAUGCGCUGGAGGACAAUGUCAAGCGGAUCCAAAAAGUCGGGAAAAAGAAUCAUUGGAUUGGAAAGGAGGAUCCCUGGGGAAUGAAGGUCAAGGUAGUGGUUGUUGAAGAGGGCAUACUGGAAUCGUCAGAUUGA